CUUCUCCUUGUUCUCUGGAGACCAGAGUUCGUUUCACUGAGGAUCCUCUCAUCAUCUCAUCUGGACUGGGAUCAUGGCCUACCAAUUUAAACUGGCCGAGAAACUUAUUAUUCUCAAUGAACGAGGUCAAGGAAUUCUAGUCAGGAUGAACUACAUUAAAAAGGUAUGCACAGACCCAAAGCGAAGACCAUCAUUCUUUACUGAUAAAAGCAUGGAGUCUGCCACCAAAUACAUCAACAGAAAAUUCCCCAACAUUGACUUCAGAGGUGGCAGUCAACAUCUGGGCAGCAUACAGAAGCAUAAGGCGGUCGUUCUGGAGGGCCUGCACAGUUUCUACGAGUCCUUCAUCGACAUCAUGGAGUUCAGGGAUCAUGUUUAUGAGUUGCUCAACACAAUAGAUGCCUGCCAGUGCUUCUUUGACAUCACCAUAAAUACUGACUUCACCAAGAACUACCUGGAUCUCAUCGUCACCUACGCCUCAGUCAUUUUCAUGCUGUCCCGCAUCGAUGACAAGAAGCUGAUUGUGGGAAUGUACAACAGUGCAUAUGAGCUGUCCAAUGGGAGCAGCGAUCCCUCGUACCCUCGCCUCGGCCAGAUGUUCCUGGAGUACGAUCAUCCCUGGAGGAAACUGUCGGAGGAGUUCGGCCCUCACACCAAGUCUGUGACGGAGGCUCUUCUCUCGUUACACCUGGUGUAUCCGCGGAGGAAUCUGACCGCUGACCAGUGUCGCGGCGCUCAGCUCCUGUCUCUGCUGGCCUCACCCGCCGCCAUGCUGAGCCCCAUCUGCUGCGACACCAUGGCCUGUGAGUUUCUGUCCAUGGAGGUGAUGGAGCGCUGGAUCCUCAUCGGGUUCCUGCUGUGCCACGGGAGUCUGAACAGUAACGCCGGAUCUCAGAGUUUGUGGAAGCUGGCUCUGCGCAGUGGGCUGUACGUGACGGUGGUCCGAGACGAGGUGCUCCACAUACACAAGCUCUCCGAGGAACUCUUCGACAGUCUCAAAGGGUACAAUAAGCGUAUUCCCGACAUCAAGGAAUGUAAAGAGUACGUCAUCGCUAACUGCGGAGCCGUGCGGAGAGAGAAGCGAGGCUUUCUGAGGAACGCUCUUAAAGAACUCAUCAAAGUGCUGGAGGAUGAGCCUGCGCUGCUCGGACCCAAGGCGUUAUACGUGUUCAUGGCGCUGUCGUUCUCCCGCGAUGAGGUGCUCUGGCUCGUGCGACACGCAGACAACAUCCCGAAGACCAAGACACCGGAGGAUUACGCAGACUCACAGUUGGCAGAGCUGCUGUUCCACAUGGAGCGUCUGCGAGUUCUUCUGGUCCAGCACAGAUACAUCCUCCAGCGCUACCAUCUCCAGUACCUGUCCCAGUACGACGCGCUCGUGCUCAACGACACCAUACAGGGCAUGUGUGUGUGUCCGGAGGAAGAAUCGGUUCUCAUGUCGUCAUUCGUCUCCACUCUUUCUGCAAUGAGUCUGAAGCACCUGGAUGCAGGAGAAGAGUUUGACCUGAAACCGUUCAGACUGGACUGGUUAAGACUUCAGGCGUACACCAGUGUGGGUAAAGCGUCUCUGGCUCUGAAGGAUUACCCUGAGCUCGCUAAGAUCAUGAACAUGGCCCAGUUCCACACCCGGAUGAUGGACACGGUGAACGAGCUCCUCUGCGAGACGGCCGAUCUCUCCAUCCUCUGUUUCCACUCGCGUGUGUUUGAGAAGAUGUUCUCUCAGAGCGGCGAGGACGUGUCUAUGCAACGGUACCUGAUGGCGUUCCCUCUCGUCUGCUCACACUUCAGCCAGAGUCUCCAUCCACUCUGUCCGGAGGAGACGGAAGAGAUGGAGAAGCAAAGCUUGAAGCUGUGUGUGGCGUUCCUGGAGGAGAUCUCCCGUCAGACGUGUACGGUUGUGCUGGAGAUAUGUGCCGAACAGUGUAACCUAAACGAGAAGUUGUUGCCCAAACACAGCGCCGAGACCAUCAGCACAGCGCGCAAUAAGAAACUGAAGAAACCGGCACAGAAGAGAGGAGACGUGCCGAAGGACAAACCAGGGACGGAGAGCCUCAGGAAGGACAGAGCCUUCGUCACAAAUCUGGAUAAGAUGCACCUGGCGCUGACAGAACUGUGCGCUUCCUACAGCGUCUGCGCCGACUUCACCGUCUUCAAACACAUCGUCGUGCCGGGCGAGUUCCUGCUCACACAGCUGGAGAUCAGACUCAACAAGGUAAUCGUGCAGAUGGCGGGGUAUAACCAGAGCACGCACGAGAUCGCCCGUCCCUCGGACCUGCUGGCCGGGAUUCAGGCGUACACGUCCAGUCUUCAGAGCCUCGGCUGCUACAUCAGCGUCGACGUGUCUCGGCUCGUGAAGAGCGUCCUGCUACAGCAGACCCAGCCACUCGACUCGUACGGGGCGCAGACCAUCACAACUCUCUACACUAACUGGUAUCUGGAGGGUCUCCUGCGCCAGGCCAGCAGCGCUCUCAUAGUCCACUGUCCCACCAUACAGUGCUUCAUCAACCAGAACACUGAGAAUGAGCAGAGCUUCCGCGCCGAGGAAUACUCCGACAUCGGUGGUUUGCGAUCGUUGGCUGAGCUGAUCGGCCCGUAUGGAAUGAAGUUUUUAAAUGAGAACCUCAUGUGGCACAUCAUAUCCCAAGUUGGAGAACUGAAGAAACUUGUAAGUGACAACAUGGAUGUCCUGGUGCAAAUGAGAGCUAACUAUGAGAAACCUGAGGCAAUGGUUGACCUUCAGAAGAAGCUGACAGGCUGUGAGAAUGUGUUGAAGAGAAUGACCAUUAUUGGGGUGAUUCUGUCUUUUCGGACCAUGGUCCAAGAUGCUCUCGCCGAGAUCAUGGACAGACACUGUCCGUUUAUCAUGGGACCCGUCAAAUGUCUGAAGGACUUUAUCCAGCCCGAGCUCGACAUCAAGAUGACUCUCGGUGUGUUCGAGUUGGCUUCGGCUGCUGGUUUGAGAUGUGAGAUCGACCCUGGACUGGUUACGGCGAUAGCAAACAUGCAGACAGACAACCUGUCGCUCGAGGAGGAGUUUAAGAUCAGCUGUCUUCUGAUGGUCUAUAUAGCCGUGUCCCUGCCCAGCCUGUGUCUGGAUCCCAACUCGUUCUACAGCCGAGAACUGGGAGGUCACCAGAACAACAUCCACUGUUUGGCCACUGCAGUCAAUCAUCUGGCGGCCGCCAUGUUCACCGUCCAGAGGAAGAACAUACAAACACAACUCCAGGAGUUCCUGAAGGUGGCGUCCUCCAUCUUACUCCAGCUUGGUCAGAAUGUGGAGCGAGUGGAAAUAAAGAACAGAGACUCAGUUUAUCUCAUUCUUCACAUGAUCGUGGAUCAGUCGCCGUUCUUGAGUCAAGACAUGUUGGAGAUGUGUUUCCCGUACGUUCUCCUGAGAAACGCUUACAGAGAAGUUCACAAGUCCUUCGUCCACACUAUGGGCUGAUCUCAGACCAGCGCUGGUCCUGGAGCUUAUCAUUAUCAUUUAUAAUCAUAAACUGAGUGAUUUCUGAAGGAUCAUGUGACACUGAAGACUAGAGUAAUGAUGCUGUAAAUUCAGCUUUGAUCACAGGAAUAAAUUACACUUUACUGUAUAUUCACACAGAAAACAGAUGAUUUACACUGGAGUAAUAUUUCACAAUAUCACUAUUUUUGGUGUAUUUUUAAUCAAAUAAAUGCAGCAUUGAGACUG